GMGGUAAUCCCUCCUUCGUAUUUCUCUCUCUCCCCCGAGUUCUCUUCUUCCCCUUCCCCUUUCUCUCCUCCCAUUUCUCUUCUCUUUCAUUUACGCCCAGGUUGCUUUCAACAACAGCCCAAUUCCAGGGCCGUGAGCAAGUAGGCGAUUCUCCUAAGAUUGAAGUUGAGGUARUGAUCUGCUGUCACCAACCGUUUCUCGAAAUAGCAGUGGGGAUGUAUGGAUUUGCAAUGAUCAAAAGUGUUGCGGUCCACGGCUUUGCUCUGCCUAUCUCCGGCGUGGUCCUCUGCUCGUCUCUAUUCUUUUUCUCUUCUGGCCCUCCCGAAGCUGCAUUAGACAUCUUCUGAUUAUUUUAUGGACUGCCGGGAUCGUUGCUUGUUCAUGAGAUUUGCUUAUUAAUGUUAUUAGUAAAUAAGUGAUUCUUGUUCAUUACUUCAUUAUUUGUAUUUUCUCUGUUUCGGAUUUCAGAUUCAUGAAUACGAUUAUGUAAUAGCAUGUUGAGACUUGAGUUUCCGGCAUAGUACCCUGGAUAUUGUUUCUGGCAAGUUUUACACUGGCCAAGCUCAACUGGUAUAGUACCCUGAAUAUUGUUUUCGGCAAGUUUUAUUGCAGUCAGGUUCUGACACCUUCCCCAACUCGGUGAGAGCUCCCCAUUCAACUUAUUGUUGCUUAGGUCAAUAUAAUCAAGGUUUGGAUACACUCCAAGGUCGGGGUCUAUACUUCCUGUGAGUUGGUUUCCUUCGAGUCGGAAUCUAUACAAGGUUGGGCAGUUUUUCAAGCCCUUUGGUAUGGGGCCUGUGAAAUUGUUGCUUGCUGUAGUGAAAUUCACAAGCAAACCAUUUUUGCAAAGUUGUUGUGAUAAGUGGCCAGAGAAGUUGUAAUUCAUGUGGAAAACGGUCAACAAGGAAAGGUUUCCUAUUUCUUGAGGUACUAUCCCAGAUAAUCGAUUUCUGUUGAGGCGCAAAUCAAUUAAACUUCUCCAAGUGCCUGUGGUGGGAGGGAUUGAUCCAAAGAGAUGAUUUAGAUCAAGGAACAAGUGGGUUAGCUUGGUCAAAUUGCCCAAAGACAGAGGGAUAGUGCCUAUAAGGUUGUUCCCCCGUAAAAGCAGUUUCUCCAAGUUAUUGACAUCUCCUAUUUCUGAUGGGGUUGAACCAGAUAUCUAAUUAUUCAUGAGGACUAGCUCUCUUAGACUUGUGAGGAGGGUAAUCUCCCUAGGUAUUAUCCCAGUGAGAUUAUUGUAUUGGAGAUCAAGGUUGGUUAGUCUUGUCCAGUUGGAGAACAGAUGUGGGUGUAGCUCACCGGUUAAGGCGUUAUUGGAAAGGUAGAGCUUGGAGAGGCUACUGAGAUUGGCCAGCUAUAGAGGAAGAACACCAGAAAGCUGAUUGACAGAUUGGCCACCACAACGCUUUUGAUCACUGCAAAUCCAUACAUCCUCACUGCUAUUUCCUCACUACCCCAACCCCAGGUGUCGACUUUGCUGCUGAGAAACGGUUGGUGACAGCAGAUCACUACCUCAACUUCAGUCACAGGAGAAUCACCUUCUUGCUCGCGGUCCUGGAAUUGGGCUGCUGUAGCUUGGGCGUUAGUGAAAGAGAAGAGAAAGGGGAGGAGAGAAAGGGGAAGGGGAAGAAGAGAAAUUGGGGGGUGGGGGGGAGAGAGAGAGAGAGAAAUGCGAAUGAAUUUGAGGUAGAAGGGAUUACCGUCGUCAUGAAAUGGGGAAGAUGAAGAGUGUUUUUCAACCAAUUGUCUUUAUUAUAGUAAUAAUAUGGGGAUUAAAAAAUAUUGCAACAGCGAAUUUCAAUGAAAGACUAACGGAAGGGGGUUUUUGUCUCAAGGUCAUAAUACAAGGCGUAUUUGUAAUUUACCUUUUUUUGAAGGGAGAAUGGCCCAUACCCCUAUGUCAGAAUUUGUAAGUUAAAAGUACAUUUGAGAUAGGUACCAAUUCAAGGCGAGUAUGAAUGCAUAUUAUUUCUCCGUUUUUUAAAUUACUGAACCGUUUGAUUCAAUUAAUCAAAAUUUUCUAUUCGCUUCGAUUUUUCGAUUUUUUUUGCUCAUCCCUGCCUCCCGGCCCUCCCCCACCCUGCACACGGGUUUGGAUUAUGAAAAUCCAACCCGCUGCGGUUUGAUUUCGAGGAGGGCACGGGUUGGUAGGUUUUCAACCCGUUGUCAUCCUUGAAUACUUCUAACUUCGGUCAUGGCAUUUUCAAUAUUUCCCGCCAUAUUCACCCGUACGCGGAAGGAAUGACACUGAAGCUGAAGAAACAUUAGCGCAGCGAUGGAUGCCUCGCAUUUCAUCCCCUUGAUAUCGGUUUCUGAUAUUCGACUUCAUUAUCUAGGUCUUUGUCUCCUACUACACUUCCAAUAAUCCCACAAUCUGUACACGAGCUCCAUUUAGCGAAACCACUGUUUUUGGAAUUUUGUUAAUUAAAGCUCCCUUCAUAUCACCGAUUUGUGAGCAUGGGAGAUGUGAAGAGAUGGACCGUGACCUACACAAAACACAUCAAGCAGAAGAGGAAAGUAUACCAGGAUGGUGUUUUAGAGUUUUAUAGCUCGCUCGACAAGAUCACACUUUAUGAUGAUGGUGGGAAGCUCUUACAGACCAGAUUCUUGAAGAAGGAUGAAGUAAUUGGAUCUGGUGAAACACUGACAUUUGAUGCUCAUCUCGUUGACAUUGGGGAUCCUGAAGGAAACCAUGAGCCUCUGGUGAAUUUUAAUAAUGACCAAGGAAGAUAUAAGAAACCAAUUGGAAUGACAUGGAUGUUACAUGGUCAAAAAGCUAGAAAGCCUACUUUUGUUGAAAACAGAAAGACUAAUACAGGAAAUAGUGAGACACCACCCAAUUGCCCAAAUAUGAGACUAAACAUUAUCAGAGAAUUUCAAGCACUUUACACUACACAAAUAACUCAAAAGGCGAAGAAGUAUCAUGAUGGGAUUAUACAGCUUACUGUUUGUGGUUCCCAACAGCAGCAGGUCAUGCUAUAUGAUGCCAGCAGGAGGCUCUUAGACAGUAGAUUCCUGAAGAAGGAUGAAGUGGUUCGACCUGGUGAAAAACUAGUCUUUGAUGCCUAUCUGGUUGACAUUGGAGAUCCAGAAUGGAGCCAUAAGCCUCCAAAAGGCUUAAAUCUCAAAGAAAGAGAUAGCAAAGUAGAUAAAUGGAUACUGCAUAGAGAAAAGGCUAGACAUAAUUCGUCUUCAACUGGUACCUUUAUUUCUAUCAAGCUAAAUAUAGACAAUGGAAAUACUGAGCUGAAAGAUGGUGCAUCAACACAAAGUCAUCUUAAUACUGAACAAUGUAUUGUAAGAGAGUGGCAUGCCUUGUAUACCACACAAAUAACUCAAAAGGCAAAGAAGUAUCAUGAUGGGAUUCUUCGACUUUCAAAAUCCAGUUCCCAUGGAAAACAGGCUAUUUUGUUAAGUGAAGAUGGAAAAGUCCUGAGCUGUAAAUAUCUUAACUCAUCAACAGAUGUGAAAACUGGAAGUGCAUUUGUAUUGACAAAUUAUGUAGUUGAGAUUGGUGAACUACGACCUCUCCAGGAAGGAGAACUCCAAACUAUUGUUUCUUCUAGGAAAGAUGAAGAUUAUAAUUCCAGCAGAUCAGGUGUUGGCAACCGUGAUCUAUGUGGGAAGGUCCCUAGGAGUGCAAUACGUGAUGCACACCAGAUCUUAUCCAUUCUUAAAAAGCCAAUGGCUCAGGAAGGUGUUGCCCCCACCAGGACCCCUGUGGGGCAGGCACAUUCUUCACAAUCUCCAGAUGUACUCCAAUUUUGUCUUCAGUGUCAGCUACCUGCAGAAACUGCACAAGAGGCAAACUUGUCAAAGAGGAACACAGUAGAUGAUCAUGAGGGCAACUCUAGAAAUUUGAAUAGAGAAAGAACUAGCCCAAUGAAUACCAACAAAAGUGAGGAAACUUUUGCAACGGACAUCUACUUGAUGGAUCCUGACAGUAGAGGGGAAUUACAAACAGAAGCUCUCUCGCAUGGCACAGCAGCUUCCAACACCUUGACACCAAAGUCUUACUCGGGGUUAACCGAUGAAAGUACAACAAUCUCAGCCUCCUCUUUUAUGGCGCCUCAAGUUUCAAAUGUUGUGUUGGAUUUGAAUGACGAUUCCGGGCCACCAAGUUCGUCAAUGCCACAAGAUUCCUCAAGUGGGAAUACUUAAUUUCGCAUGCUUUAUGAACUUGCUUCGUCAUAAGAAUCCAAUUGCAGCGAGAGUCGAAUCCUCGAGGAUUUGCUUGGUGAACAUACCAACCAGCCUUGUAUAGACAACAUAUGGAAUGAUGGGCCAAAGUGCAAGGAGGCUGCUGCUCUGGAUUCAUCAAUUUUGAUCACCGCUGACACGUCUUCUCGUGGCCCUACUCACUAUAAAAGUGAGAGCUCCAAUUCCGAGGAACUCAACAUCAUACCCAAGGGAAACGUGGACAAAGAUGACUUCCCAACUUUUGAUCUGGGAUUUUGAUUGUUGAAUCAUGAAUGUGGUCUAUAUAAUACACACUAUUAUGUCUAAAUAUUGGUUAGCCGCUACCAUCGUUGGUUCAUUUCAAAAGUCAUUGACAAAGGUGAGACGAUAAUCAUGAUGCGUUUGACGGUGGUGACUGGUGGCGUCCAAGUUCCAAGUUCCAACCCUGGAUCAUGAUUGAUUUUAUUGUCUAAUUUGCACGAGGUAAACAAAUGCUCUCUUUCUCUCUCUCACUACCCCUUUAUGUUUUAGUAGAUUUCAGAUCUGCGCCCCACAGUGUUCUACAGCACAUUUCUGCUGUGUAUUGAAAACAUCUCCCGAUAAUGACAUCAGAUGUAAACUUUUGUUUUUUAGUGAUAGGCGGAUAACGGAUUAGUGGAUUAAGACUUGAAGAGAACUUGAACACCCAGAUUUUUGUAGCAUCUA